CAGGGCCCGAUCGUGCUCGCGCCCACCGCCCGGCAUUGGGGUCCGCGCCGCCCCGUAGGUGGAGGCGCUCGGAGCAGAUCCGACUCCCGCAGCCCGGGCUUCAGUUCAGCCGCGCUUUCCCCCCAGGACAGGAUUAACUCCCACCUCUCGGUUAGCUGCUCGGGAGGCGAGCCAGCCAUUGCUUCAUGGGUUGCCUGGGAGUAAUUUUAAAAUGUGCUAAGACAGGAUGUCUGUGAGCUGCCGCUAGCCACGGUCAGAGAUCCACGUCCUGUUACUAGGACAGCGCCUGUCAGACGACCGGCCCGGUAACCAAAGCUCAGCUGACGGUUACUCAUCUAUGGGGUGAUCGCUUUCUGCAGCCUGUCUUCUAAGCAAAAGCAAGGCAGAGUUGAAAAGGAGGAAGAACGCUGUCGUCUGUGAGACUUCCAGCUCCCCUGGGAACUGACUGCCUGGGAACUGACAGGGAAAUCCUUGCAACCCUGUAAUUUCAGCCGAGGAGCUUGUGCCAUGGGCUUGCCUCCUCCUAGGCUGCUGAUUGUCUGGAGAAUUCCAUGGACAGAGGAGCCUGGCAGGCUACAGUCCAUGAGCAGAGAGUAGGACACGACUGAGCGACUCACUCACUCAGGCUGCUGAUGUCCUGAGCCUCACCCAGACCUCUCCCCUCCUCUCUUGCACUUUGACUGUGAGCCUGCAGUUACUGCAGCUCAAGGGAACCAAAAAAGUGCCGGGGGGCGGGGCGGGGGGGGGCGGCGGUGAGGCACGGUUCUCUGUGCUGAGGAUUUAGCACUCAUCAAGGAAUUCCUGUUCUCAAGGAGCUUCAAUUCAUUAUGGGAAGAUACAGAUAUGGCCGGGAGGUGAACUCAGGGAUGUGCACACGAUGACGGACGGCAAGGACUUGGAGGCCGAGAUCCACCCCCUGAAGAGCGAGAACAGGAAGGUGCCGGAGAACACAGGGGGCCCGGCAGGAAAGGAGCCCCGCGGGACUCCAGCCCCGCAGACCCGCCUCUCACGCUGCCGGACCGCGGCCUUCUUCCUCUCCCUGUUCACCUGCCUCCUCGUGGUGUUCGUGGUCUCCUUCAUCAUCCCGUGUCCAGACCGGCCGGCGUCGCAGGGGGUGUGGAGGAUCGAUUACAACGCGGCAGUCGCCUAUGACUUUCUGGCCACAGAAGAUGUGAACAAGGACAAGAUCCAGGAUAUUCUCUUUCUUUAUAAAAACACCAACAGCAGCCGCGGCAAUUCCAGCCUCUCCUGUGCUGAUGAAGGCUUUUCCUGCCCCUGCACCUUCGUGGCCGCUGUGUCCGGGGCCAACGGCAGCAUCCUCUGGGAGAGGCCUGUGGCCCAGGACGGGGCCUUCGUGGAGUGUGGCGUCCUGCAGCCCAGGGGCAGCGCGGCGCCCUCUGCCUGCAUUGUCCUUGGCAGGCCCGGCCCUCUCGUCGCUGUGGACACACUCACAGGGAAGACCCUGUGGAGCCAGCCCAGCAGCUUCGGGGGAAACGCGUCCAUCCUCAGCCCUCUGCUCCGCGUGCCCGACCUCGAUGCCGAUGGGGCCCCGGACCUGCUGGUCCUCGUCCAGGAGGAGAACCAGGUCAACGGCUACAUCUACUCGGGGGGCACCGGGCAGCAGGUCAGCCCCCCGGACAGUCUGGGUGUGGAAGGAACCAGCGGCUCCAUCCUCCACGUCACCAGGGCGGGGGCUCACUACGUCCUCGUCCCCUGCGGCACUGCCCUCUGCAGCCGCUCCGUGAAGGGCCUGUACGAGAAGGUCAGCGGGAGGGACAGCUCACUCAAGAGCGACCCCCUCUGGGAGGACAUGCUCAGCGCCACAUCGCACAGGCUGCUUGUGCACAGCUCAGGGGCCAUCCGCUACCUGAUGAACGUGCCGGGGAAGGCGGGCGAUGACCUGCUUCUCGUGAGUGCCGAGGCCUGCAUGCUGCUGGAUGGGCAGGAUCUGACGCCCAGGUGGACCUUCGGGACAACCCAGGUCCUGAGAAAACCCGUCCUCGGCCACUACAAACCCAACACCCCAGCUGUGCUUGUUGAGAACGGGACUGGCUCCGACAGACAGGUGCUGCUCCUGGACCUCGGCUCCGGGGCCCUCCUGUGGAGCCAGGCCCUUCCGGGCCUACCUGGGGACCCGCCGUCCGCCAGUCUUCCCACCGCAGACCACCGCUCCGCCUUUUUCUUCUGGGGUGUCCACAAGACGACUGGCUCCAACCAGACGGAGCCCGGAGCCACUGGGCGCCGCCUGUACAUGCUCCACCCCACGCUGCCCAGUGUCCUGCUGGAGCUUGACAGCGUCUCUGCCCCCAUCGUCGCCUUCCAGGUGGUUCUGCUGGAGCUGGGCCGCCACGCUGCCUGCGUCCUCCUGACGGGCCCAGCCAGCCCCAACCCGCCCGGCCUGGUCUCCGUGACCAAACAAAAGGUGCAGGACCUCGUCCUGGGCGGCAGGGUGGUCCGCCUGGCCGAGGGUGGCCCCGAGAGCGACCAGGCCGUCCGGGACCGGCUCUCCCGUCUGCGGUACCGGAGCGAGGCCUAGAGAGGCCGACAGAGCCCAGAAGGAGGAGGCUGCUGCAGUCACACGUCCCGGGAUGUCGGUCAAUCACUGACUCAGUCUAUGUGCUAACUCCUGACCUGGCCACCCUCUGCACGGGUCCUGCCAUCCCAGGGAUACUCAGGUCCUCACUCAGCCCCCCGUCUGAGCCCCUCGGGGUUUCCCUGGGCAGGGCCCGGGCCGACAGCAGUUCACCCUUGCCCCUCCACGCCUGGCCGGAGACAUGGCCGCCUAAGUCCCCUCCCCCUUCUGUCUGAGCCUCGCCUUCUCCACACUGUUUCCCGGGGUCACGGCUCCUCGGGGUGGUAGGCCACUGCAGACCCCCACGUGGUUGUGGUGAGUUACCUGGACAGCCCAUGACAGGGCCACGAGGAAGGGGCCUGGGAGGAGGAUGUGCUGUGUGGAGCUGAGUGCCCUGAGGACCUGGCCCGGCAUUUACCUGGCUCCACGUGCUCCCUGGAUACACACCAGGGCUCCUUGUCCCUCGGGGGUCCCUGCAGCCCUGACUGUGGCCAGCGGCCGGCCCCUCCUUCCUGGUGCUGGGACGUCCCCCACCCCAGCUGGUGUCACCUCUGUGCCUUGUUCGCCCCAGACUCCCUGGUGCUGUGGGGCCCCGCCGUGACCAGACAAGAGCACGCAGCCUGAGGGCCCUGGGCACCUCAGGAAGAAAUCAGAAUAAACACUGGUUUUGCACCAUCGGGAAAGCCCUA